AUGGCUACGACGUUACCGCAAACGCCUGCCUCACAGGCCGUCUAUCUGCUGCCUUUGACAGACGCUGGCGCACCUGACGUGCCAGGCACCUACAUCUACCUGCCACCGCCCACGAACCCGGCGUACGUGGUUCGCUUCCAGAUUCAGGGCACCAGCUCGAUAUGUCGCUACGGAAGUCUCUGGGUGAACAUACCCGCCAAGGGUGACCAGUUCGAGCGCAGCAAGUACCGCGAGUACAAACUGCAGCCAGACUUCAACGGCAUUACUGAGAUUGAUGUGCCCAUCCACGAGGCCAACGCAUACUCCUUCUACACCACCUACACACCAUUGCCACAAUGGUCCUUCACCGACGUUGCCUCGCCCGAGCCAACGCGGACGUCCACAUACUACAUCGAUGUCUGUCCGCGCCUCACUCUUCGCGGCCAGCAGCUUCCUACCGAGGCCGUCAUUGUCUUCUCGACCCUCUCCAAGUUCAUGGGCAACUACCCAACCGACUGGGACAACCACCUACGCGGCAUCAGCCAGCGCGGUUACAACAUGGUGCACUUUACCCCACUCAUGAUUCGCGGUUCCUCCAACUCUCCCUACAGUAUAUACGACCAGUUGGCCUUCGACGACGCCGUCUUUCCCAAUGGCGAAAAGGACGUGGCUGGCAUGGUUGACAAGAUGCAGACCGAGUACGACAUGCUGGCCAUGACCGAUGUCGUCUGGAACCACACAGCCAACAACAGCAAGUGGCUCGAGGAGCAUCCUGAAGCCGGCUACAAUGUAGACACCGCUCCCUGGCUACGCGCUGCGCUCGUCCUAGACACGGAAUUACUCCAGUUCAGCAAGGACCUCUCCAUGCACGGCCUGCCCACAACCUUCGAAAAUGAGGGUGACCUUCUCAAGGUCAUGGACGGUGUCAAAGCCCAUGUGCUUAGCAAGUGCAAACUCUGGGAAUUCUAUGUCGUAAAUGUGGAGCGAGACGCCAAUGCCGUUGUGGAUGCAUGGGUUGCAGGCCAAGCCAAGUUCACCGAGGGCAGCUUUAGUGCCGCAGGCCUCCGCGGGCUGGACGCCGUCAAAACAUGGUCCCUGAAGCAAAAGGCCGACUGGCUGGUCGAGCAUGCCUUGCGCGGUGGGGACAGGAUGGGUGAACGCUUUCGUCGCAGGAUCGACCCUGCUGUCGGUGCAGGCCUCCUCUGUGCCUUGUUUGGUCGCUACGAUAGCCGCACCGGCAGUACUCCUGAUGGGCGCGCAGCCCAUGACGCCUUCACGGCUAUCCUGAAUGAAGUCAAUCUUCCCUUUUACCGCGAAUACGAUGGGGACCAGGCAGAAAUCAUGGAACAGCUCUUCAACCGCAUCAAGUAUGUGCGGAUAGAUGCUCAUGGUCCCAAGCUUGGGGAGGUCAACGAUGCAAAUCCACUCAUUGAGCCUUACUUUACACGACUACCUCUCAACGAGAUCACCAAGAAGCACAAUCCGGAAGCCCUUGCGCUUGUAAACAACGGAUGGGUAUGGGCGGCCGAUGCCAUGCGCGAUAAUGCAGGCCCCAAGUCGCGAGCGUAUCUGCGGAGAGAGGUCAUUGUCUGGGGCGACUGUGUCAAGCUUCGUUACGGCAGUGGUCCCCUGGACAACCCCUUCCUCUGGGAGCACAUGGCAAAGUACACUCGGCUCAUGGCCAAAUACUUUCAAGGUUUCCGUAUUGACAAUUGCCAUUCCACGCCCAUUCAUCUUGCCGAGUAUAUGCUCGACCAAGCGCGACUGGUCAAUCCGAAUAUCUUCGUCUGCGCAGAGCUGUUCUCUGGUUCCGAGGAGAUGGACUUCAAGUUUGUCAUGCGCCUUGGUAUCUCCGCGCUGAUACGGGAAGGUAUGCAGGCGUGGAGCACACAGGAGCUCAGCAGACUUGUUCACCGUCACGGUGGCGUCCCAAUCGGUAGUUUCGAGACGGACGAGGUGCUCAACGCCGACCAAACCAACACUACCUCCAACGGUGGGCCCACGCAGUCCCGCCCCAAGCAGCUUAUCAAGAGGAUCAAACGGAGCCCAGUACAUGCACUCUUCAUGGACUGCACACACGACAACGAAACGCCGGCUCAAAAAAGAGACGCCCGCGAUACACUCCCGAGCGCUGCGCUCGUCGCCAUGUGCUCUUGUGCGACGGGCAGUGUCUUUGGAUUCGAUGAAGUUUACCCCGAACUGAUCGAGCUUGUCCAUGAGAAGCGUCUGUAUUCCUCCAUCAACUCAACGGGCGGGCCUGUCAAGGCGCAAGCUGGUGAGGGUGGCAUCGGUGGCAUCCGCAAAAUUAUCAACGAGAUCCACGUGAAGAUGGGCAAAGAAGAAUACGACGAGACGUACAUUCACCACGACCAGGAGUACAUCACUGUCCAUCGUGUCAAUCCUCACACCCGGAAGGGGUACUUUUUGAUUGCUCAUACCGCCUUUCCCGGCUAUGGUAAUGGCAAUGGAGGUUUUGGCGAAACCAAGUUGCCUGGCACCAAGGCGAAACUCAUUGGCAGCUGGAAUCUGGAGGUCGAUAACAGUCCAGAGACACGAGCUCGCAUUAUUGGCGACAAGACGACGCUACGAGGACUCCCCAGCCAGACGCACAAUAUUCAAGGAGUCAAUGUAGUAUCGUCCGGCGAUGAAACUACCAUCAGAAUCCCUGACAAGUUCCCACCUGGCAGUAUUGCCCUUUUUGAAACUUGGGUACCAAGUGCAGAGCAUGCAGAUGGCCUCGACGAAUACAUCACAAGGGGAGCGCGGGCCGCGUUCAGUGAUGUCAAUCUUACCGAUCUCAACUUCAUCCUUUACCGAUGCGAAGCGGAAGAGAAGGAUGCAUCCGAUGGAAAAGAUGGCACCUACAACAUUCCAGAUCAUGGGAAUCUUGUGUACGCUGGUCUGCAAGGCUGGUGGAGCGUCCUUGGAGACAUCGUAAACGACAACAACCUUGGUCACCCGCUCUGUAACCACCUCCGCGAAGGACAAUGGGCACUUGACUAUUGUGUGGGUCGUCUUGAACGCAUCUCUGAGAAGCGCAAGUACAGCAGGAUAAAGGGCCCAGCUGAGUGGCUCAAGACGAGGUGCGACGCGAUCCGAAAGGUGCCCAAUUUCCUCCUGCCCCGAUACUUUGCCCUUGUUAUACAGACUGCCUACAAUGCCGCGGUUGACCGAGCCAUCGAGCUCAUGGGUGAGAAUGUACGAAAUGGGCAGCAGUUUCUCAAGAGUCUGGCGCUUGUCAGCGUGCAAGUCACAGGCUACAUGAACAGCGCCUCACUUUGGCCAGACAAGAGCGUUCCAAGUAUGGCUGCCGGUCUCCCGCAUUUUGCCUACGACUGGGCGCGGUGCUGGGGUCGCGACAUCACCAUUUCGGCUCGCGGUCUCUACAUGGGGACCGGACGAUAUGCCGAUGCCAAAGAACACAUCUUCGCCUUUGCAAGCGUUUUGAAACACGGCAUGAUUCCAAAUCUUCUGGGUGGUGGUAAGAAUCCUCGGUACAAUUCAAGAGACUCGGUCUGGUGGUUCCUUCAGAACAUCCAGGAUUACACCAAGAUUGUGCCGAGUGGGAUGGGCCUGCUGCAUGAAAAGGUCAAGCGACGCUUUUUCCCUUAUGAUGAUACCUGGUUUCCACAUAACGAUAAGAAGGCGUAUUCGCAAUCUUCGACGAUUGAGGAUGUAAUCCAGGAAGCUCUUCAACGUCAUGCUUCUGGCAUAGAAUUCCGGGAACACGAUGCUGGUCCCAACAUUGACAGUCAGAUGAAGCCUGAGGGCUUCGAUAUCAAGAUCUGGACUGACUGGGAGACUGGUCUGAUCUUCGGUGGGAAUCAGUUCAAUUGCGGCACCUGGAUGGACAAGAUGGGUGAGAGUGAGAAGGCUGGCAGUAAGGGUGUGCCUGGAACACCUCGAGAUGGCGCCCCUGUUGAGAUUAUUGGCAUGCUGUACAGCACUGUUCGCUGGUGCGCAGAAUUGUUUGCGCAGGGCAAAUUCAAGUAUGAAGGCGUGACUCUGCAAGGCGGGCAAAAGACGGUGACUUACAAGGCGUGGGCGGAUCUCAUCAAGGCCAACUUUGAACGGACGUUCUAUGUGCCGCGUACGCCCGAGGAGGACGGCGACUACGACGUCAACUCGGCCAUUGUCAACCGUCGCGGCAUCUACAAGGAUCUCUACCGAUCGGGCAAAGAGUAUGAGGACUACCAGCUGCGACCAAACUUUCCUGUCGCCAUGACCGUGGCUCCGGAUUUGUUUGAUGCUGAGCAUGCUUUGUAUGCUCUACAGAUGGCCGAUAGGAUUUUGCUUGGUCCGCAAGGGAUGAAGACGCUUGAUCCGUCUGAUCUCAACUACCGCGGCUACUACAUCAAUAGUGAAGACUCUACCGACUUCCACACCGCCAAGGGCAGAAAUUAUCACCAGGGCCCCGAGUGGCUCUGGCCAACGGGCUUCUUUCUCCGCGCCCUUCUCAAGUUCGACUUGAAGCGACGCAAGACGGCGGAUGAGCGGAUUGAAAGUUACCAGCAAGUCACACGCCGUCUUGCAGGCUGCAUGAAGGCGAUUCGUGAAAGCCCGUGGGCUGGCCUGACGGAGCUGACGCAAAAGGAUGGAGAGUUUUGCGCGGAUUCUUGUCCGACGCAGUCUUGGUCUGCUAGUUGCAUCAUUGACAUGUUUUUGGAUGCGAGGGAGUAUGAGAUUGAGAUGCUGGAGUCGAAGUAG